AUGUAUUUGUCCUCCUGAUCAGCAUCAGUUAGCCAAUAAAAAAAUAUGUGUGGGACUAAAAUGGAGACCUAACAAUGCAUUAGAAAGUGGUUGUGGUAGUGGAUAUAGGUCAAUCAGUGGAGGUUGUGAAGACAUAAAUGAAUGUUUACAGUCCAAUUCCUGUCAGCAUGAGUGUGAAAAUACAGACGGCAGUUAUAUCUGUACUUGUCCACAUGGGUAUAGAUUAAAAUCAAAUGGAAGAGACUGCCGAGACAUAAAUGAAUGUUUACAGUCCAAUUCCUGUCAGCAUGAGUGUGAAAAUACAGACGGCAGUUAUAUCUGUACUUGUCCACAUGGGUAUAGAUUAAAAUCAAAUGGAAGAGACUGCCGAGACAUUGAUGAAUGCCAUGAACAGAAUAUCGAUUGUGGUAGUAAUCGUAUGUGUUUCAACCAACGUGGUGGAUAUGAAUGUGUUGAUAUCCCUUGCCCGGCAAAUUAUGAAAGAACAGAAAGAGCAGGGUAUUGUGUGCGAAAAUGUCCAUACAACGAUGUCCACUGUCGUAGAGAUGUACUGGAGUAUAUGACAUUAUCGUUAGCGAAUGGUAUUCGUAGCCACCAGGAUCUCAUACGAUUAUUCACCAAAAUACAAGAUGGCCAGAUUCAUGAGAAUUCUUUUUAUAAGAUUAUACAAAACACAUCUAGGCGAUGUGGUUGUACAUGUGACUGUUCUACUCAGGUACCCUUCAACAUACGCCAUGACAGAAACGGAAAAGGUGUCGUCUACACGUUAGAACCGCUUACAAAUGCCAAGACAUAUCAGAUGACGGUGGAAGCGACCGGGUACAAUGACGCUCAUCAAAUCGAGUAUCAGACUACAUUUGUUAUAUUUAUAUCAGUGUCAGUGUAUCCAUAUUAAAUAUUCAUAAACCUUAGAUGUGUAGUUUAUGCAGUGUCUUGCCGUCGUUACAAAGAC